CUCUAAAUUUUAUAACUAUACCACGAUUCAAAAUGAAUUGGGGGUGUUUAAAUAGGAUCAACCCCUGCAAAAUCCAUGUUAAUAUGGUAAUGAUCUGUUUUUGGGUUAAAAAACUGUGUUUAUUGGGCCGACCCAAUCGGUUUUUGGGAUAGACCGAUCAGAUUUUUGAAUAGUAGUACUUUUCAAGCCAUUUCUUUUUAUAUUGUUUAUUUUUUGUCGUUAUAUAUUUUAUUAUUCGUCUGUUUUUUCCCGAAAAUAUUUAAAUUAUUCGUCUGUUUUUUCGAGGGAACUUUUUCUCUAUUUUCUUCAUUUUUAUUGGUAUGAUAAGUAAAACGUAAAUCAGAGCGAACUAAAAUGCUUCGAAGAAGGUUUAGCCGACAUGUUUUGUACCCUAACCUAAGAGAACUGGCUUUUAGUUGCUAAUUGUAAGUAGUGUAGUCUAAAGAUCAAAAGUAAAGUUGGAUUCUGCCGACAAUUGCUUGGAUUUGAUGCUAAUUUGAAAGAUUUUCACCUCUUUAAAUCUAUCAAAAUACAACCUUUGAUAAGUUUUUUUCUCACACAUUUAUUGAAGAAACUUAUCAUUAUUAGUCACAAUUGUGUCUUCAUCUUUGGAAGUACAUAAUAAUUCAAUUCUAUAACUAAUAGAGGAGGGCCAAAGUGUCAGUAAUGAUGCAUGAAUGGUUAGUUGAUAAACAUCUCUUUCUGAUGAAUUCAAUUCUUCAUUUAUUUAUUUAUCAUAAAUCUAAACUUUCAAUUUGCAUGUUGAAUAAUAAUAUCCCAAUAAUCCGUAGCUAACAGUUAUAUAAUGUUGUAAAAGAUUAGCUACAGUAACAAUUGGUAAGAAUAUAUCACGGCGAAGCAAAUGUCGUACAGAACUCUAGUCUGAUAUAGAGUUUACCUAUAAUGUUUACUUUUGAAUAGUAAUCUUAUUAUAUGAACAUUUGUCUGCCGAAUUAUUUUCUUUCGCCUUUGAAGGUAAACAUAUCCAUAGUAUUAAAGUUAUUAGCCACAUCCCGGAAAAUACAAAGAAAAUGUUUGUAAAAAAAGAACCACAAAUUGGUAUCAAUCUAUGAUGAUUUUGGAUACUUUCGACUUUAAAACGUUAUUUGCUUACCGAGGAAAUCAUGAUAGUACAUUCUAAUCGCGAUAUAUUACUAUACUUAUACAUAUACAUAUAUAAUAUAAUUAUUUUAAAACAUUGGACGUAUCUCGCCAGUUACAUGUUCAAUCGGUAAUAUAUAAUUUAUGACAUGUACGUCUUCCCAAGUUUUAGAACAUCCAACUGAUAGCACAUGUAUAAGCCUUCAUCUCAAAUGAAAGCAUAAUAUAUAAUCAGCAUUUUAUUAUUAUUUUCUAAUUAUAUUAACCAUACUUCACUUAUCAAACGAACUUUUCAUCUAUAACUUCGAUUUUCUUCCAUGUUUAUAUCACUGAUCUCAUUAAUUGGAAUACUAAAAGGAGGGAUAGAUCAUAGAUUGACGACAAACGAAUUUCCGACAUCCAAUCUCUUUGCAAUAUUUACAUAUGUACAGUUACAAGAUGAAUGGAGAAUUAUAACUACAAAUAAUUGUUUUUGUCCAAAAUGUAUAUAUAAAUAUUUGAAGUCAAUUUUCUAUAUAUGAAAGUAGAAAACAAAAUGAUAAUAAAUUCCAUGUGCCUAAGCAAGGGUCAGAGUCAGAUUCGGACAUAAUUUGAAAGACCUUAGCAUGUGCCUACUCCGUUUGCCACCACAAAUUCAACUCUCAUAUUUUUUUUCUUUUCCUUUGUAGUAGUAGUAGUAAAGAUAGUGGUUUUCUACUUUCUAAUAGUUUAUCAAAGUUAGUAAAGUGAUAAACUUGUGUGACUAUUCAAGGUUCUAUAGUGAUAUUUAGGUGAAAACUCUCCAUUAUAAAAUUAUAUACGUGUUGCACCUACCUAGAUUCAUGUAAUAUUGUCCCUUGUUCAAUUAAAAAAACCAGAAGCCAUAAUAUCCAAAGAGUUUUUUCCUAGAAAAUAGAAAGAACAAAAGAACUCAGUCUUCAGAUCUACCAAAUUUUAAUAGAAGGUACCAAGUCCGCAAUUUUUAUAUUCAUGGUUUGUUUAUGUCAACAUGACUUAGAUUUAUUUCAUAAUUUGUAAUUGAUAACAAAAUAACAGUAAAACUUGAUUUGCGUAUAUUGUAAUAAUUUGUUGUCUAAAAUAGAAUUUGAAUAUACAAGUACUAUAAGGGAUUGCCGGAAUGGAGAGUAACCGAGCAGUGAUAAGUGUAUCAUAUGAUAUGAGUAAAAUGAUUUAUAGAGAAUAAGGUUAAAACAGGUAAAGAUUGAAAGAUUUUUUAAAUAAAUAGAGUAGAAAUAUUGUUGAAAGUUUAAAACAAAUGACAGUAAAACAAGAAAACGUAUUAAAGCGGGUACAUGAUAAUCAUCAUGACUCAUGGUUAAGGGAAACGAAACAAGUUUGACUCUUAUAAAAGCCACAAAAAGAGAGUUUAAAUUCAACAAAUUUUUCAAAUUUUAAAGAGUGAUAACUUUUUGUGGUUUACUGUCAUUUGUUUUAAUCAAAACAGCCAACUAAGGGAGUUCAGUUCAAACUUUAAUUCUUAUGGAAAAAAAGAGAGAAUACUUCAAAGAGUGAUAACUCACCAAACAAACAAGUGAAAUUCAAAUUUAAAAUUUGUAGAAAGAAAGAAAUAAAAACAUGAAAGAGUGAUCACUCACCAAACAAACAGCCUAAUAAAUUUAGAUAAAAUACCAUUCAUGAUAAAAACAAAUUAAAUUAGUGACGGUUACACAUAUAUAUAAUUUCUUUUUACUACUAACUACUAAACCUCACCUUAAGUGUGUUGUUGACUGUUGAAUACAAAAACAAAUAUGUAUACAUACAUGCAUAAACAUGUAAGUAUACGUCUGUUAUGCAUGAGAGUUAUAUAUAAAUGAAAACCAUACUAAAUGUGUAUGUAUAGAUAUUUUCAGAUAGAAGAAAGCUUCACUAUGAUUCCUCUGUGAAAGAAAAUCUGACGGUUUAGAUUUUGUCAGAGAAGGAUUCCUCUCUCUCCUUUCUCUCUCUCUCUCGCUCUUGCUCUUUCUCGUGUUUAGACUUUUUUUUGUAACCGUCUCUGUUUCUUCUUCCAAGGUUGAUUUUAGAUUUCUCGGAAAAUUGAGGAAAUCGAAAAUUUCGAUCUAGAUAAUUUUGAUAAAGAAAUGGGGAAGACGAGCGGGACGAGAGAUUGGGGUCAGAUCUACGCGAUUUACGGGAUCGAGCAGAAACACACUCUCUUCUUCCUCCUCCUCAACGCCAUUGCUUUCUCCGUUCUCUCCACCGUGUUUUUCAUCUACUUCCACCCGAUCUGCGUCUUCCUCGAGUCGUUCCUCUUCUCCAGCGCCGCCGCGGCUAGAUUCUCCGCCGGAUUUUUCGGUGCCGUAACGGCACUCUCCGCCGUGUGUUUGUUCUUCGCGGCGGGGAAUUUUUUCUACUCCGCCGUGCCGCUCCGGUACGAGAUGGCGCAGAGGAUGGUUGGAUCGGUGGUGGAUUGGUCGAGCGUGAAGACGGCGCUUGAUCUCGGCUGCGGCCGAGGGAUUCUGCUGAAUGCGGUGGCGACGCAGCUGAAGAAAACCGGUAGUUCGGGUCGGGUCGUCGGGUUAGACCGAUCCAUGACCACUACUCUCUCCACUCUCCGUACCGCUCACAUCGAAGGAGUGCAAGAGUACGUGACUUGCCGUGAAGGAGACGUAAGACGCCUUCCGUUCGGUGACAACUACUUCGACGUGGUGGUCUCCGCCGUGUUCCUCCACACCGCCGGGAAAGAAUACGGACAGAAGACGGUGGAGGCGGCGGCGGAGAGGACGAGAGUGCUAGGAGAAGUGGUGAGGGUGCUGAAACCAGGCGGGGUAGGAGUGGUGUGGGACCUUGUGCACGUGCCGGAGUACGUGCGGCGGUUACAGGAGCUGAGGAUGGAGGAGAUUAGGGUUUCGAAGCGAGUCACUGCGUUUAUGGUCAAAAGCCAUAUGGUUUCGUUUAAGAAGCCUAGUAGUCAGCAUUUUGAGGGCUCUGGAGAAAUACGUUUAGAUUGGAGAUGUUGAUCACUGUCAUGUAAUAAUAAAAAUAUUAUUUCAUACUCUUUAAAUUAGCGAAUCCAAGCGGCCAAACUAUAUACUAUAAGAGAUGUUCUUCGAGGGGCUGAGAGUUUAGAUACUUUUAUGUAUUUAUGAAGAUCCUUUGUUUUUUCAUAAUAAGUCGG